AUGGCCUCCAACCCUUUCAACUCUGCCGACAGCAGCAACGCCAACUCGGGCGCAAAGCAAGAGAAGAUGAAUGUGCACCGCCAGAUGAUGGAGAACAAGCUGCGCGCAAACGGCGACAACGAAGGCAACACUACGAACGCCUACGUAUCUCCAUCGGACGCCAUCAUGAGCCCCGCCAGCCAAAAACUCUCGGGCUUCAAGCAGAGACAGAUGAACAAGUCAAACCCCGUCAAGCCCCGUACACUGUUCGCAAAGACCGCUGCUUCAAAACCCGAGGAAGAAGCCACCGAGACAAAGACCGAGGAGGCUUAG